AUGGCGACGGGCGGCUCUUACUGGGCGAUGCUUGAAGAGGAGGACGAACAUCACCAGUGCCUGUCUGCCCUGCUGAGUUCGGCACCCUACGCGUUCGAGCCGUGCGCGGGCGGCGCUUCUUCCGCGAGCUCCUCCGCGUUUUCCGCGGACUGUGGGAACGCAUUUCCUCUCUCUGGAGAUCGCGGCGACCGCGCGGGCCUGUCGCAUGCGGCAAUCGAUGAAACGGGCGACGUUUUGCUCGCCCGCGGCCCCGAAGGAGAAGAAGACCGCGCAGACGCCGGCGCCGACGACGGGUCGCCCGCUCUCCCCGCGCGGGACGCGCAGGCGACUCUCGAGCUCGUGCUCAACAGCGAGCAGUUCACUCAGGAGCUGCACUCGAAAGAGGCUGCGCUGAUUCGAUUCUUGAGCAGCCCCGUGGUGAUUGGCGAACUCGUGCGGCUGCUGACGGUAGUUCCCGGUGAAGAUGCGUCGUUUGCGAAGAAGUUCAGCAGCCCAUACUACGCCGCGGAGGUCUUCUGCUCCCACGCCUCUCCAGUGAUUCUAGCUCUCUUGACAGAUCCCAACUGCGCGUCCGCCCGCAACGUGUUUUGGAAUUUCCUCGCGAACCCCGCGCCGCUGAAUCCGGUGCUCGCCGGCUACUUUUCGCGCUGCUGGCAGUCCAUCAUCAAGGCACACCCCGACGAGGCCGCCGCAUACCUGAUUUCCCUCGGCGACGCCCCUCAAGCUCUGGCUCGCCAUCUGUACAGUCGAUCGAUUGCAGAUCUGUACAAAUGCAUCCUCUACGUCGAGCGGUGCGUUCCGGCCCUAAUCGACCCGAAGACAAUCGUGCCGACGCUCUUUAGCCUGCUGAAGCACUCUGCGGAGACGCGCCCGUAUCCGCGCCGCUCUUCGUCGGGGCGGGGGUCGUCCACAUCAUUCGGCUUAUCUUCGGAGAAGCGCGAUGCGCCCGUGCCGGCCGACGCGGCGGCAGCUCUGGCUGCGGAGACGGCGAGCGACGACGAGACUGACGAAGAGGACCUGAUGUGUGGACUCGAGGGGCAAGUCUGCGUGACGCUUGUCGUGCGCGAGUUGAUCUACCAGCGCCUCUUCAUCUCGUACUUCCCCGCCCUUCUGCGCGACUUGACAAGCGCGCCGGUGCUGCUGCAGCUAGUCGAUAUGAUCACGUCAGAGUGCCCUUCGUGCGUCUCGUCGGGCGUCUCGAUCCUUACAGAUCUCCUCUGCUGCACCUGCGUGGGACCGAACCAGAUUUCUGAGACCUGCAGCGGCUCCGAUCCCCCCACGCUCGGCGCGCCUGCCUGCGAAGAGGACUCGCAGGACGACGCCGAGGGGCGCGGGAACGAGUCCGAUUGCGGCGAAGCUUCUGCCAAUUUCGCAGCCGAGCCGGAGGCCGCAGCGGCGCAGACGUGCGAGGACGCCGAAGAGGAAGCCAAGUCGGGCGACACGGCCUCGGGGGACGGCGACGCUUCUUCAGCGGAGAGAGUAAGAGAAGAGACCGGGGCGGAGGCGGUGCCUCCGCUUGCCCCCUCCGACACUCCCGCCCCUGCGUCGUCGUUGCCUUCGGCUUCCUCCAGCUGCGCGGGCGACGGCCUUGCAGGGCAGGAAGCCUCGCAGGCCGCGGAUGGAGGCGGAGAAGACGCCUCGUCGUCUUCUGCGGAUUGUGUAGGAGUCGCGCCGGGGGCGCAGGGCGGCGGAGGCGGCGGACUCGAAGGCCGGUGCGUGGUCGCGCCGCUCGUGGGGGUGGAGAAGCUGCGGGGCGACGGCGAUGGUGACGGCGCGGGUGGCAGCUGCGCGUUCGGCAGUCUGCAGGACUUUGAGGAAGAGGAGACGCUCACGCCCUCGGUCUUUGUGCAGGAAGAUCGCAACUGGGUCCGACAGCUGGAGAGCGGCGAGUUCGUCGAGCUGUACGUCCUCCCGAACUUGAGCCGCCUCAUGGCUAAGCUCACGGCCUGCUGCGGCUUAGAAGUCGACCCCGCCGCUUGCGCAGGAGACGGCGCCGCGGACGGGGCGGGCGCGGGGAACGCCGACGCCCCCCUAGCGAACGGAGAGCCGCAGGAGACCACCGGGCGCGAGAGGCCCUUGGCCGCCGCAGCCGCGUCAGGCCUCCCCGCCUGCGCGAGGGUUCCCAAAGGGGCAGAAGAGAAGCAAGAGGACGAGACUCCGCGCGGUCCUGGUGCAAGAGCGUUGACCGCGAGCUGCGCAAGUGUCGUUUCCUCUCUUUCCUCUGCUUCGUGUGUGGCUGCUCCCGCCGCCUCGGCGUCGGCUUCGCCCCCCGGGUGCUGGUUGCCGUCUCCUCCCUCGUGGCUGUCGUCUUCUCUCUCCACUCUGCCGCCGUCGCGCUGGCGCGUGCGGCCGCGCGGCGCGUCCUCCUCUUCUUCCUCGUCUUCCUCUUCUUCCUCUUCUUCUUCGUUUCCUCUGCAGAGUGCGCGUCUGGCGAACGGGCGUUUUCCGGCGGUAGGCAUGGAGGCCCUUGAGCUGCUGACGCUGGUGAAGUCGCUGCUGAAGAGCAACGCGCUGAAGACGGCCUCCGCGCUGCUAGAUCGCGGGGUGCUGGAUCUCUCCGUGGAGCUGCUUUUUCUGCAUCCGUGGAAUUCGCUGCUGCACCUGACCGUCACCGACAUGCUGCAGUCCGUGCUGCAGCGCGCGGAACUUGCGAACGCGUUUCCCAGCGUCAUUCAGCGCACGCGCCUCGUGCCGCUUCUCGUCGCGCACUUCCUCACCAAGCGCCCGCAGCGAGAAAGCGACGCGUUGCGCCUCCACGCCAGCAGGCCGGGCGACGCGGAAGAAGACGACCACCGGGAGAACCCGCGAGAGGAGGUGGCGGCGCGCGAGACGGCGAGCGGUAGGAUCCAACUCGCCACGAAACGCAAGCGAAAGACCAGACAGGACACCUGCGGAUACACUGCCCACCUUUUGCAAAUCGCGCAACUCAUCGGCGCGACCAUGGAGGCGCGACCUGAGCUGCUCGAGUUCAUGCCGCUGAACUGGCAACAGCCUUGGGAGAAUGUCGUCGUUGCGGAGCUGCUCUACUACCAGCAGAUGCUUCUCAACGAAGAUCGCAGCUCCACGGACCCCGAGGAUGCGAACAUCGCGACGCUGCCCCCGAUGCACACGCGCCGCAGCGAAGCGGAAGCCUUCGGCGUGUCUUCAGGGAACGCCGCCGCCGGGAGUGCGCUCUCUGCGGGCAGCUACGGGGAUCCAUCGGAGUACGCGGCGAACGGCGAGACGUUCGCCUUCUCAGGUGAGGGCACGUCGCUCGACGCCCAGAAUGGAGAAUCCACGAACGCCGACGUCGUUGACUUCUGA